AUGUAUGUGACAAAGCCUCUGUCUGCUUGUCGAAUGUCUCCUCAGUCCCUGUCUCUACGGCCACCGGAGGGGCCAAAUUCUGGUUAUCUUGUACUCCAUGAUGAAGAACGGGUUAAGGUAACAUGCUGCGGAUGCGCUGUUGGCACUGAUGACGUGGUCAGAGACCUGCCUUUCCCUCAGAACUACGAUAUAGGUGUUGGAUAUGACUCGGAUGAAGACGCUGUUGCCUUCAUUCCAGUGCUUGAUCAGCCCUUGUCUUCCAAUCGAUACCAUGUCAUACUUCGGAGUGGGAAGCAAAUGGGGGAAGCAUGCACAAAUUCAAGAAAAGAAGACGUGGCUGAGACUGGCUGUUGCGGCGGUAAAUCUAUUCCAGAUGCUAUGCCAAAACCGUUGGAUCCGUCCGACAUAAACCAGCAAGUUCAAAUAGUUCGUACGGAGAAGGGCAGCAAUUGUUUCUUUGCCAAGUCUGUUGAUCAAGAGGGGUUUCCUCCUCUCUUCUUGAGGAGAAAAGGGUGGAAUGCGAGAAUGAGAGGGCCGCAUCAUUUCCAAUUGAGUGAAGCCUCAGGAAUCAACUCUUCUCUACGGGCAAGCCUUCCGCAGUUCGAUUUUCCAUUGUCGUAUGAUUUCUCUGCAGCUGUGGGUGUUGGUAAGUGGUAUUGUCCUUUCAUGUUUGUUAGGGUAGGAGGAGUGAAGUUGAAGGACCAAAUGAAAAAAUGUAUGUUCUAUGAAAUUAUACUUGAGCAACGAUGGGAAAAGAUUUUCGACAGUGCUUAUAACAACGCUGAAGGAAAAUAUAAUGGUGUUGCGUUUGUGGAUGCUUUCGUUCAAAAAGAGGCGGUUUUUGUUGACCGAAAGGAGGCUUUUUGGACUGAAAAAAAUGUGGGUAAAGACAGGUUCAUGUGGUUCAAGAAUUAUUUCAAUGGUGCGGGAGGAGAAACAAGAGUGGGAUUGAGCAUGAAAGUUGUGGAGAGGAUGAAAUGGGAACAAGAAAGAGUUGGAUGGAUUGGUGGGGGUGAAAAGAAAGUGAGGGUGGAGAGAGUGGAAGCGUUUGAGGUGACGGGUGGUGGCGAGUGGAAGCGAUUUGGUAGUUAUGUAUUGGUAGAGAGGUUUAUAUUGAAACGAAUGUCAACGAAUGGAAACUCGGAAGUACUACUCACAUAUGAAUUCAAGCACACGCACCAGAUUCGAACCAAAUGGGAAUAA